AUGUAUAAGGGGAUUGUAGCUCACCUUUAACAUUAUAUAGUGAAUGCUCUGGAACAGACUAUUCUUUUAGGACAGUACAAUAAAGCUGAUAGAUGCUUCAAUUAUACUAUGAUGCAACCAUUAAACGAUAUACCUUGCCAGCAUGAAUGUAAAGCUGGCUAAUAUUUACAUGCUGACAAUGAAAAUAGAACUUUUGGAUGCAAGGAUUGCCCAGUCAAUACAUUUUCUACUGGCGGUGGAUUAUCUGUAGAUGGUUCAUUUGGCUAAUGGCUUCAUGCUUUAUAAAAUACUUCUGAAUUUAUUGUUAGGACUAAAUUUGCAUCAAAGUGCUACAUGUAUUUCUGGUCUAAUUGGAUUGAAGAGGAGUGUUUACCCUGCCAGGUACUAAAUGCUGGAUAAUAUCUUAGCUGUGGGGAGGCUUCAGCCAGAGAAACAUCAGUUGCUCAUGAAAUAGUUUUUGAGUUAUUCUUUUAUAAGAAGGGUAAACUAUCAUUGAUCUACAGAAAAGAUACUGUGAGAGAAAUUGAUGGAUGGAUGUCAGGGAUAUUUGAAAUUUACAUUGAUUAGCAACUAGUAUUUUAGGAUCAAAAUCUAGAUGAUGACUAAAUCGCUUGGAAGAGCUUAGAGAUAGAUAUAGAGCCAGGUAUCCAUGAAGUAAUUAUAAGUUACCAAAAAUACAAUAGCGCUUAAAACUCUCACUAAAGUUUAGAUAUUUAAGAAUUAAGAUUAACUGGCUUAGAAUAUGCUGAUCUAGAAUGCAAACCAUGCGAAUAUGGUUAUAGUUUACCUGGCAGUUCUCAAUGCUCUCUCUGCCCAAAAGAUACUUUUCUUAACCCUGAAUAAUGCGUUGAAUGUCCAGAAGGUACGUUUUGUGCCCAGGGGGCUGUGGCUAUAAAUGCUGCAGAUAUUUGCACUAAAAAGAGAGAGUGUUCUCUAGAUGAAAUACCUAUUAUACUUGAUUAGAAAUGCUAUCAAGAUGAGAGAACACUUUGGUCAAGGAACUUCACUUACGAUUAUUCCUCAGUAACUGAAGAGGUAUGCGGAGUUAUUGAUUCUAAGAAGAUUCUCACAACACAAUAAAUGGAUUGUGAUAGCUGUGAAGCAGGCUCUAUAAGAGUAUAAGAAGGAAACACUUCAUACUGUGAGCCAUGCUAUGAAGGAUCUUAUGCUGCUGAUUGGAUGAACAAAAAAUGCCAAGAUUGCUAGCCUGGCCAUUAUUUAGAAAAGGGACUUUUCUUGUCCAAAUUCCUAAAUAUCCCUGAAGAAUAUGGCUUUUCAACCAAUUGCCGUGAUAAAGACGGCCUUAAAUGCAAAGACUCAAAUGGAUUUUUAGCCAAAUACAAUAGAGGUUUGAUUGCUGGAAAUAGAGAACAAGAGAAGACUAUCACUUAACUAAAUAUUAAUGUUGAAAUUUUCGAAAAUGAAGACCCAUUAUUUUAGAACUAAAGGUUUGAAAUUUUCUAUAAACUAGAGAAAUUCUCGAAUUCCUCUCUGGAUUAUUUCAACAUCACUGUUAAUAAGAGAAGAGUUUUAAUAACAAAGAUUAUCCUUGUUGGUUCUAAGCAUCAUAACAUGGGUGCUACUCGCUGCUUAAAGUGUCCUACAGUAAUAUUUAAUGUUAAUAAACACUUUUAGUCAUUCUUUAGUGAUCAAGCAAAGUCUGAUACUUGUCGCGCAUGUCCUUAAAAGAUGACAUCAACAAAUGGUAACGACUGCGUCAAAUGUCCUGAAGACCGCUUCUCUUUUGGGCCUGGUUCUCUAUGCUUUGGUUGUCCUGAGAAUACUUAUGUUUCAGAAAAUUAAACACAUUGUGUCCCCAACGGCCAUUUAUUAUAGCUAUCAAAGACAUAAAGUGCAUUUAAUGUUCAGUAGCCUUUUGUUUAUCACUUAUCUCAAUUCAGCUCAAAACUUAAUAACGAAUCUAAUACUGAUCCUAAUAGUGCAGAUUAUAGAGUAUGCAAAGGAAUGGGGUAAUUUUGUUAGCAUGGCUACUUUGGGCCUAUUUAUUCAAACAUCAAGACAGCUGAAGAUGAUUACUUUUUCAAGAACUAGUUUUUCGUCUCUCCUACGGCCUUAAGCGACUUCUGGAAGAUAAGUGAUAUUGAACUUGAACUUAGUUAGGAUGAUAGAAAUAGCUUUUUGCAUAAUUCCUUUAUCAUUGGUCUUUAUGAUUAAAAUGCAGUAGAGCACUAUUCAACUCUAUAAUCACCUGGCUUAGGUGAUAAGUGUCCAAGCAAUCUUUAAGGGAAGAAUCAAAGGAUUGUUAAAUCUUUGGGGACAAAUAUAAGAUCAAUUAGUAUACAAGAUAAUGCCUUUACUGUGCACUAUAAUCAUGGUGAUCUAUGCUUCUAUGAUUAGAAUUAGAAACGGUUCUAAAGCGAAAUUAAAUUUGUAUGCGAUCAUAAUGAAGACGAAGGAUGGCCUAUCCUCAUCAAACCAAAAACAUAAGAUGCGCUUUGUAAUGUAUAAUUUGUGUGGAAAUCCAAGUAUGCUUGCAGACAAUGCUUUAUAUCUGAGGUAAGUUCCUUAAAAGGACCAUGCAUUGCAGGAGAGAGGAAAGUUCAACUUUAGGCUACUAAUGAGUGCUUACUCUACAGCUAAUCUUAUUUAGAUGAUAUGUCUAAAAUGGAGCACUAACCUAUUGAUUAUCAUUCAGAAUAGGUUAAUCAAACUCUGGCUUUAAAGAGUUAUGCAUAAUCAUGCUCUUUCAUGGACAAUUAUAGGGAUAAUCGUCAUAUUAUAACAAUCGUUUUCGUUUCUUGUGGAUCUGCUAUAUUCUUGAUCUUCUUGAGUAUUAUAUUGAUAUUCAGGUAUAAGAAGUUUAAGUAUAUAUAUUAUGAGAAGGUAGAACUUUUGAAAUCAAAGGAUACACAUAGAAACAAUUUCUAGACAAUAGACUUUUGA